AUGUCUCCAGCUCUUCUGUCGAAUGGCUCGGUCAAUAUCGUGGACAUUCGCGAGAAUGAUACUACGUUCUCAGCAGCCUCUGCUAUUCAGGACGGUUUAGACCCUCCAAACGGCACGCCUCGCUCAUUUCCUACCCUGCUGCUAUACGAUACUGUUGGGUUACGGCUGUUUGAAGAGAUUACAUAUUUAGAUGAAUACUAUUUGACCAACACCGAAAUUGAGGUGCUGGAGAAACAUGCAAGAACCAUUGCUGAGAGACUACCCGAUCAGUCGCAGUUGGUGGAAUUAGGUAGCGGGAACCUUCGUAAAGUCGAGAUUCUACUAAGAGAGUUUGAAAGCUUGCAGAAGCGAGUAGAUUACUACGCCCUGGAUCUAUCAUUAGAGGAGCUGCAGCGUACAUUUGCCCAGGUCUCGCCUCAAUCGUACCAAUAUGUCCGCUUCCAGGGUCUGCACGGCACCUACGACGAUGCCUUGGAGUGGCUGAAGAAUCCGCAGAAUAGGAAACGGCCCACGUGCGUUCUCUCACUAGGCUCAUCUAUUGGGAAUUUUGGCCAUGCAGAUGCAGCAAGUUUCUUGCGUCAAUACUCCCAGGUCCUCGGCCCUACCGAUUCCCUUAUCAUUGGCCUGGAUGGCUGUAAGGAUAAAGAUAGAGUCUACCGCGCUUAUAAUGAUUCAAAGGGCACCMCCCGCCGCUUCUAUCUAAAUGGCCUAGUUCAUGCUAAUGAAGUUUUGGGCUACGAUGCAUUUAAGCCGGACCAAUGGGAGGUUGAUUGCUUGUAUGACGAGGUUGAUGGGUGUCACCGCGCGUUUUAUGUACCUACGCAAGAUGUGACGAUCAAUGGGAUAUCACUUCCCAAGGGCGAGAAGAUCAUCUUUGAAGAAGCGUACAAGUACGACGCUCAUGAAAGGGAGGAAUUGUGGCGCAACGCGGGGCUUAUCAAUGUGGCUGCAUUGGGAAAUAGCCAUGACAAUUAUCAUCUCAACAUGCUUUCGCCCGCCAACGUCGCCUUCCCAACUCACCCCAGUGAGUAUGCGCCUGGUCCCGUGCCCUCAUGGGAAGAAUGGAGAUCAAUCUGGACAGCCUGGGACAUCGUUUCAAAGACCAUGGUCCCACGAGACGAGUUGAUGUCCAAACCGAUCAAGCUAAGAAACGCUUUGAUCUUUUACUUUGGACAUAUUCCCACCUUUCUUGACAUUCACUUGACCCGUGCUACGCGCGGCAAACCAACAGACCCAAAGUACUAUCCGCAAAUCUUUGAACGCGGAAUCGACCCUGAUGUGGACAACCCAGAACAAUGCCAUGACCACAGUGAGAUACCUGACGAAUGGCCUGCCCUGGGUGAAAUCCUUAACUACCAAGAGCAAGUCCGCAGUCGGGUGCAGUCUCUCCUGAGAACGGAAGACUUGCCACAAAACAGAUUGCUCGGUGAGGCUCUGUGGAUCGGGCUCGAGCAUGAGGCUAUGCAUUUGGAGACGUUUUUAUAUAUGUUGCUGCAAAGUGACAAGAUUCUGCCUCCGUUGGGAUUUGAAAAACCUGACUUUGAGGGCAUUGCGCGUCAAGCAGAGCUAGAGGCUAAGCCAAAUCAGUGGUUCAGAAUUCCAGAGCAAACAAUUAUAAUCGGAAUGGACGACUCGGACUUGACUAAGAUGCCGGCACAGUCAUUCGCAUGGGACAAUGAGAAGCCCAGACGAUCCGUCACUGUGCACGCAUUCGAAGCCCAGGCACGAGCCAUCACAAACAGAGAAUACGCUCAUUACCUGAAAGAGAACGACAUUCAUCGCAUCCCCGCGUCUUGGGUUAUUCAAGCUGCGAAUAGCUGGAACAACACGUUCAACGGACUCCAUACCAAUGGCGUAUCGAACGGACAUGGCAAUUCCAUGGAUAAUUACGCGGUGCGCACUGUCUUUGGACCAGUCUCGUUUGCAUGGGCAGCCGACUGGCCGGUCAUGGCGUCAUACGAUGAACUAGCCGGCUACGCCGAAUGGAAGAAGUGUCGGCUUCCUACUUUUGAGGAAGCGAGGUCUAUUUACAAGCAUGCUGCGACACUCAAUGGACAACCAAGUGUCGACGGUCUCAGUAAUGGCCACGCGACUAUCGAAAGUGAAAGCCCGACAAAUGGCCCUGUCCGCCACAAUGACACCAAGUCCGAGUCUCUGUUCGUGGAUCUUUCCAGCGCAAACGUCGGAUUCAAGGACUGGCAUCUGGUCCCUGUGACCACGAAUGGUGACAGACUAGCAGGACAGGGUGAAAUGGGCGGCGUUUGGGAAUGGACCAGCACGCCGCUGAGUGCGCAUGAGGGGUUUGAGGAGAUGAAGAUUUAUCCUGGAUACACUGCCGAUUUCUUCGAUGGAAAGCACAACAUUGUGCUGGGUGGAUCGUGGGCUACGCAUCCUCGCAUUGCAGGACGGACCAGUUUUGUGAACUGGUACCAGCACAACUACCCAUAUGCUUGGGUCGGAGCAAGACUUGUCCGGGACCUUUGA